AUGGAUAUUCCCGUCGUGACGUCCACGUCUUCCAACUCAUCAGCGGUGCCCUCUCUGUCUCCGCUGCCCAGAGAAUAUCGAAAACAGCUUGUCACUGGCCUGGCCACCUACGCGCCCUCUGUCUCGUCCGCCUCUGUCUUUGCCGCUGGUGCGACUGAGAUCCGAGAUCUUUUUCGUAUUUGA